AUGGAAGCAUCUAACAAUAAGUAUCUCACUAUAGAUUUUCACUUCAACGGCAUGUUUGCACCAAACCCGUUAGUGUACUUAGACCCUAUGAGAAUUACUCAUGAAAGAUUGGCAGAGGGUAUCAGAAGAAUCGACAAUGACGCUGAAUAUUUUGAGUUUAUUGAAGAUGGUUACAUGGAUAAGCAGGAGCUAAGGAUGAAUGUGUACAUUGACCACGAAAACGAACCCAUUCUUGACUGGGUCGAUAAGGAGUUGUUAACAGGUGAUGAGUUGUCUGAUGUAAUAGAAGAUGAUGAUACAGAGUCACAAAUUUCAGAUAUAAGGGAAUGUGAGCAUGAACCUGAUGAAGAGGUGCAUACAUUUGACAAAACAGAUGAUGAUGAAUUCUUGAACAAGUUAUGUGGUAAACCCAUUCUCAAUAGUAAUCAAGAAGAAGUAAAUGAUGUUGAUGAUGAUGAAGAUAGGGAUAAAGAUGAUGAGGUUGUGUUCCCUGUCUUUGAUGAGAAGCAAGAAUGGGAUAAAAUGGUCCCAGUUUUAGGUAUGAAGUUUGCCAACCCUCUUGAAUUGAAGCUUUGUCUAACCAACUAUGCUGUCAAGAAUGGGUAUGACUUAUGGUUUGAAAAAAAUGAUCAUCAAAAGCUGUUGGCAAAAUGUUGUAAAUAUAAGAAGAACAAGAAGAGUAAGAGUUGUCCCUUUAGGUUGUGGGCAACCUGGAUGAAGAAUGAGAGGUCUUUUCAGAUUAAGUCAUUAAUUGUUAGGCAUAAUUGUGCAAGAGUUUUCAAAUUUGGGUCCAUUGUAAGCCACAAAUGGAUUGGAACUCAUUUCAUGAAUGAUAUAAUACAGAAACAAAAGAUGAGCAUUAGGAAAUUGAAAGCUAAGGUCAGUAAAAGGUUUAACCUGAUAGCUAGUGUUGGACAAUGCAGAAAUGCUAGGAAAUAUGCAUUUCAGCAGAUAGAAGGUACUUUAAUAGAGGAUUAUGCUAAAACAUGGAGUUAUGGAGAAGAGCUAAAAAGGACAAAUCCUGGAUCAACAGUUAAGAUGGAGGUUGAUGUGAUGCCUGAUGGAGAAACAUACUUCUCAAAGUUUUAUGUGUGUUUAAAGGGUUUGAAGGAUGGAUGGAUAGAGGGUUGUAGGAGGGUAAUUGGAGUAGAUGGUUGUUUCUUAAAGGUCAUAUGCAGAGGUCAGUUGCUUGCAACCAUUGGGAGGGAUGCAAACAACCACAUAUAUCCUAUUGCAUGGGCUGUGGUUGUAGUAGAAAAUAAAGAAUCAUGGAAGUGGUUUCUUGAUCUUCUAAUUGAUGACAUUGGAAUGGGAGUUGGGCAUGGACUAACCAUAAUAUCAGACCAACACAAAGGAUUAGUUGAAGCUGUAAAGGAAAGGGUUCCAGCUGCAGAGCAUAGGCAAUGUGCUAGGCACAUAUGUGCUAAUUUCCAAAAAAGAUUUAAGAGGCAAAUGUUUAAGAAACUGUUUUGGAGAGCUGUUGGAUCUACAGUUCCACAAAAAUUUGAAUACCAUAUGAAUGAAAUCAAGAAGCUGGAGCCACUAGCUUAUGAACAUUUGAUGGAAAGGGACCCUAAAACAUGGUGUAAAGCAUUUUUCAGGAAGAAACCACUUAUUACCAUGUUAGAAGAAAUCCAGAUUUAUGUAAUGGAAAGGUUGUGUAUAUACAAGGCCAAGGGUCAAUCUUGGGAUUUAAGCAUAUGUCCUUCUAUAAGGUUGAAGUUGAAUAAGCACAAGGAAACACAAAGGUUUUGGCAAGUGGUACCUUCUGUGUAUAUGCAAUUUGAGGUGAGGGUGGGGACUGAAGGGUAUGCUGUAGACCUGAAUACUAGGCAAUGUGGAUGCAGGGCAUGGCAGUUAGUAGGGACCCUGAGGAGUAAAGUAGACCUUGAAGCUGAAUUGGAAGUGGAACAUGUUGUCAUGUUUGAAAGUGAAAGUGAUAGUGACUUUGAAAGUGAAAGUGAUGUGGAAGCUAAUGUUCCUGAAGUUGAUGUUCCUGAACCUGAUGUGGAAGCUGAAGUUGAUGUUCCUAAAGUUUAUGUGGUACCUGAAGUUGAAGUUGAUGUUCCUUUAGUCCAAGAUAACCUUGUAGGGGAGAUUCAAGAUGACAUUCAAGUUGAUGCUAACAUAGAAGAUGAGAUUCAAGCUAACAUUGAAGUGAAACAUGAAAUUGAAGUUCAAGAUAAUGUGGAACAUGAAAUUCAACACAAUGUAGAAAAUCCAGUUAGGAAGAGGACAAGAAAAACUUCAAAAAGACUCAUAAAGAUUCAGUUAAGGAAGAACAUAAGGAGGAAGGAAGGAAGCAGUACUGACCACCCACUGGAGAUUUGA